AUGUGUAGCAGACAGGGCAAUGGACCAUUUACAAUACACACGUCAUUGCUGUUCAAUCCAAGGAAAAAGACCUUUGACAAGAAUAUCUCGAUUGUCAUCGAUCCAACGAACGGCGCCAUUGCAGAUGUGUAUGACCGGCAGCGAUCCAAACAUGUCGAGUUGACAAGUCAUGAUAUAGAUCUGCGAGGGAAGGUUGUGAUGCCAGGAUUUGUCGACGCGCAUACACACGUGUUUCUUCAUCCAUACGAUGAGGCUUCAUCGACGGUCCAGAUGCGCGACGAAAGUGUCGUCGAGAGAAUCGUUCGUGCUACAAAUCAUCUCCGUGUUGCCCUUCUGUCCGGUUACACCACAUACAGAGAUUUGGGCACCGAAGGGCUGCGCUCAUACGAUGCAAACCUGAGAGACUGUGUUAACCGAGGUCUGGUACCCGGCCCGCGACUCUUCGUGGCCACCGAGUGUCUCGCCAGCACUGGGUCCUACGAGGUCCGUCACGAGAACUCGUGGGCGAAACUACCGCGCAUUUCGGACCCGUGCGACGGUCCGGUAGGCGUGACACAGGCUGUCCGGCGUCGUGCGGCCGAUGGGGCGGACAUCAUCAAGUUCUACGCGGACUAUCGGCGCAAGGUGAUGCGAUUCCCAAAUUCAAAGGAACCGAUCCCGUUUCUUCCCUCGGAGCCCAACCCGACUGUGGUGAUGUUUAAUCAAGAGGAGAUGGACGCCAUCGUCAAGGAAGCCAAGCUAGGCGGGCUACCCGUGGCGUGCCACGCAGGGUCAGCCAAGGGCGCACUCAUGGCUAUCAAGGCCGGCGUCGACACCGUUGAGCACUGCCAAGAGGCCACCGAUGAGGUCUUUCGAGAAAUGGCGCGCCGUAGUACCAUCUUCGUCCCGACGCUCGGGAUCAUGAAGACUUCGCCUGAUUUCAGCAGCAUCGCGAAGAAGACCAAAAGGGCACACGACCUCGGUGUGCGUCUUGCUGCCGGGGGCGAUACCGGAACGUUUCCUCACGGGGAAGGUGCUUUUGAAAUGGAACUCAUGAUCCAGGCCGGGGUUCCCGUCGUGGAUGUGCUGGAAGCAUGUGUGAUGGGAGGCUGGGAAAGCUGCGGUAAGGAGAAGAGCGGUUUCUACUUUGGUUCCAUCGAGAAGGGCUACCGAGCCGAUGUCAUUGCCUUGGACGCGGACCCGAGAGAAGACGAGGGAGCCUUGAGGAAGGUCAGCUUUGUCAUGAAGGACGGCAAGGUCUGGAAGAAGGACGGGCGAGCAGUCGGCUUCUUCGAUGAGCAGACGGUUGAUUCGGACCCCAGCACCGAUGAGGAGUCGGAUUGGACUUUUUCAAUUGCUUGCCCGCUCCAACUGGCCGUGAUGAGCAGCAAGGUUACAUUGCGCUGGCCGGAUCAUCACCAACAGGCGACGGAUACGAGCUUGAAUGCGACCAGACAGUCGUCACCGGAGACGAUCAUCACUGGCUCAUACGCCUGUUUUCCGUCGCAUUUUACAGUCGGAUCUGCCUCCGCACACAAUCGGCCGAGAUUAUUCCUGGUAAAGCAAGUCAAGGACGUCAAAGGAGGGGUUGUUGGAACCGCUUCCUCCACAUGCUCCAACGAUCGCUACCACGUCUCCGCACGGCUCGCGCGGGCUAAGCCGGCGAAGCUUAAUCCCCAGCCAACCUCUUUUCAGGAUCCGUCGUACUUCGAGGCUGCAGAAAUUGGCUUGCAUAUCGUGGACCAAGCUUUCCUCAGCAACCGGGCAUCGGACGAUCGUUUCGUAUGCGAAGCUAAUCACACCUGGUUCGCGCAGCUGCAAAUUCCCGUCCUUUCACCCUUCUCUCCCCCAUUUGACAGCCGCCACCCGGGUAACCUGUCAAACAUGAAGCCGUCUCUAUUCUCCAUCGCCUCGCUAGGCUUCGGGCUAUGCUCCGCCGCAUCCGUGGCGAGCAGCCUCGAGGCAGGAGUUCGUUCGUCUCUCGCUCUCGCUCCCGUAGUAAGAGUCCUGGACGAAAAGAGAGACCAGCUCCAGGACAUCGUGACAUGGGACGAGCGCUCGCUCUUCGUCCGCGGCGAGCGGGUUAUGGUCUUCUCGGGCGAGAUCCACCCUUUCCGCCUGCCCGUCCCGUCGCUGUACCUCGACGUCUUCCAAAAGGUGAAAGCCCUUGGCCUCAACACGGUCUCCUUCUACGUCGACUGGGCGCUGCUCGAGGGCAAGGCCGGUGACUUCACCGCCGAGGGCGUGUUUGAUCUCCAGCCCUUCUUCGACGCCGCGACCAAGGCGGGCAUCUACCUCAUUGCGAGGCCCGGUCCGUAUAUCAACGCAGAGGCCUCUGGCGGUGGGUUUCCGGGUUGGUUGGCGAGGUUGAAGGCGAAGCUGAGGACAUCGGACCCCGAAUUCCUUUCUGCAACGGACAACUACAUGGCAAAUAUUUGCGGCAUCAUCGCCAAGGCCCAAAUCACCAACGGUGGCCCAGUCAUACUCUUCCAGCCAGAGAACGAGUACACCAACUUCGAAGACGGCAGUAGUGCCGAUGGGCCGUACUUCCAGUAUGUCAUCGACCAGGCUCGCAAAGCUGGGAUUGUCGUUCCCCUUAUCAGCAACGACGCCAAAGCAGCGGGCCACAAUGCACCGGGAACGGGUGUAGGCGCCGUUGAUAUUUAUGGCUUUGAUGCGUACCCGCUUGGAUUUAACUGUGCAAACCCGAAUACGUGGCCGGAUAACGCUCUACCAACCACCUACCACGCACUACACUUGCAAACAAGCCCAAGCACGCCUUUCACGAUUCCAGAGUUUCAAGGAGGUUCCUUUGACCCCUACGCUGGGCCUGGGUUCGAAAAGUGUGCGGCGUUGGUUAAUCACGAGUUUGAGCGCGUAUUUUACAAGAACAACUUUGGAGCUGGUAUCUUCGGAGGCACCAAUUGGGGUAACUUGGGGCAUCCGGGAGGAUACACGUCGUACGAUUACGGCUCCGCAAUCACGGAGGAGAGAACUGUCUCGAGGGAAAAGUACUCUGAGCUGAAGCUCGAGGCACAGUUCUUAAAAGUUUCGCCCGCAUACCUGACUGCAACGCCCGGAAACUUGACCGUCGGUGUAUACAGCGCAACUCCAGACAUCACGGUAACACCUCUGCUAGGUAACGGGAACGGCUCGUUCUUCGUGGUCCGGCACAGCAACUACAACAGUCUUGCAACGACCGAUUACACGCUUCGUCUGCCCACGUCGCAAGGAACCAUCACGAUCCCGCAGUCCCGCGAUCUGUUGCAACUUACCCGCCGUGACUCGAAGAUCGUUGUCACGGAUUACCCGGUUGGGAACACGACUCUGUUGUAUUUGACAGCGGAGAUCUUUACCUGGAAACAGUACAAGAACCAGACGGUUCUUGUCGUUUACAGUGGACCUGGCGAGACGCACGAGAUAGCGAUCAAAUCGACCACGACGCCUGUCCUCGUUGAGGGCACCAGCGUUGAUCACAAUUAUGUGAACAACACUCUGCUUUUGGCAUGGGAAACAUCAAGCACUCGACGGGUAGUGAAGGUUGACAACCUGGUUAUAUACAUUUUGGACCGCAACUCGGCAUACAACUACUGGGUGCCCGAUAAGCCCAGCGGAAGCCAACCGGCGUACGGCACGUCCAUUAUGAAUCCAGACUCUCUCAUCGUCAAUGGCGGGUACUUGGUAAGAUCGAUCUCGAUACAGGAUGGCACUCUUAGAGUCCAGGCGGAUUUCAACCGUACCACUGAGAUAGAGAUCAUUGGCGUCGAGCCGGAAGUCACCAAGCUGGAAGUCAACGGCAAGCAACUGGACCACACAACGAACAAUCUAACCAACUGGAUCGCGAAUCCAGCCUUCGCGGGUGCCGCACCCACCGUACCGGACCUCAAAUCACUCAACUGGACCUUCAUCGACUCUCUCCCUGAGAUUCGCGCAGGCUACGAUGACUCCGUGUGGCCUCUCGCCGACCACAAAACCACAAACAACACAAUCGCCAACCUCACAACUCCCGUCUCCCUCUUCGCCUCAGACUACGGCUUCCACGCCGGCACGCUCGUCUUCCGGGGCUACUUCACCUCAACUGGCACAGAAGACAAGCUUGACAUCACAACCCAGGGCGGCUCCGCCUUUGCGAGCUCCGUCUGGCUCAACGACACCUUUAUCGGCUCCUUCGCCAACGGACCUGACGCCGCGGGCGAUAAUGCCUCCAAUUACACCCUGGCCAACCUCACCGCGGGCGCAACGUAUGUUCUGACUGUCCUCGUCGACACCACUGGCCUGGAGGAGAACUUUGUCAUCCCUGCGGACGUGAUGAAAACCCCGCGCGGGAUCAUGGACUACAGCAUCACGUCCCCAUCCGGCGCCCAAACGAACGUCACGACGUGGAAAAUUACGGGGAAUCUCGGCGGCGAGGGCUACGCCGAUAGGGCUCGCGGCCCGUUGAAUGAGGGCGGGCUCUUUAUUGAGCGCCAGGGCUAUCACCUCCCGUCUCCACCCGAAUCGGCGCUCAACACACAACGCUCGCCAUUCGAAGGGACAGAUGUGCCCGGUGUGGCAUUCUACGCCGCGAAACUGGAUCUGCAAAUCCCCGCUACGGACCUCGACGUGCCCCUCUCCUUCGUCUUUGACGACAUCGCAGCGUCAAACGGAACGGGUGCGUACCGCGCCAUUCUGUACGUGAACGGGUUCCAGUACGGGCGGUACGUGAGCAAUAUCGGUCCGCAGACCAGGUUCCCCGUGCCCGAGGGCAUACUCCGGUACCAGGGGACCAACUACAUUGGUCUAGCCGUCUGGGCACUCGGCAACGUUGGAGCUCGCGUGCAGAACUUCCGACUCGAUGUCGGCGAGGUGGUGACGACCGGUCGCGAAGAGGUUAAGGUUGUUGAGGCGCCGGCUUGGAGUCAGCGAGCGGGUGCAUAUUAUGACUAUUUGGUGGACACUUUUUCUUUCUUGUAA